GGCCCGGACCGCCCGGCACGGCCCGGGCACCCUCGGGGGGCACCGCCCGGCACCCAUGAGCUGAGCGCCGCGGCCGCCGCACAGCCAGCAGCGGGCGGAGCCGCCGCCGCGGGCCCGGCGGAGCAGCGGGAGCCGCCUCCCCGGCGCCCCAUGCGCGGCCCGCGCUGAGCCCCGCCCGCCCCCUCUCUCGCCGCCGGGGCCCGGCGCUCGCCCUGCCGCCCUCCCUUGGAUGCCGCCGAGAUGGGCAAGGUGCUGUCCAAGAUCUUCGGGAACAAGGAGAUGCGGAUCCUGAUGCUGGGGCUGGACGCGGCCGGCAAGACCACGAUCCUGUACAAGCUGAAGCUGGGCCAGUCGGUGACCACCAUCCCCACCGUGGGCUUCAACGUGGAGACCGUCACCUACAAGAACGUCAAGUUCAACGUGUGGGACGUGGGCGGCCAGGACAAGAUCCGGCCCCUCUGGCGGCACUACUACACGGGCACGCAGGGGCUCAUCUUCGUGGUGGACUGCGCCGACCGCGACCGCAUCGACGAGGCGCGGCAGGAGCUGCACCGCAUCAUCAACGACCGGGAGAUGCGGGACGCCAUCAUCCUCAUCUUCGCCAACAAGCAGGACCUGCCCGACGCCAUGAAACCCCACGAGAUCCAGGAGAAACUGGGCCUGACCCGGAUCAGGGAUAGGAAUUGGUAUGUGCAGCCCUCCUGUGCCACGACGGGGGAUGGACUCUACGAAGGGCUGACGUGGUUAACGUCCAAUUAUAAAUCCUAAUGGGGAGAGGAACUAUUUAGUCUACAAAGAAUUAAAGAAACAAACAAACAAACAGAAAAACAAAUUUAAAAAAAAAAAUAACCCACGUGGCUUUCCAGAAGAAUGAUUCUCUACUGAAAAGUAAAAAAAAAAAAAAAAAUAAAAAGCAUCCAUAGGAUUACGAUCACCUUUCUGCCACCCUUUCCUCCUGCACCCUUGGCUGGAUUCCUGUUCUAACUCCUCCUGCUUGGCGUUAGGAUGCUCUAACCUCGGAAUGGGACACGAACACAGGCACUAGAUGCUAUGCCAGACUUCCAGCAAACAGGGGAAGGACACAUUGUAGACUUGCUAAGUAACUUUUUUUUUUGUUGGUUUUUUUGUUGUUGUUGUUUCCUCUCGAUAGCCCUUUGCUGGUUUGAAUUAUUUUGGGGGGAUGUUGGGGGAGGGGGUCCAUUUUUCAGUGUAUGCUUUCUGGGUCUACUUUUUUUGAUUAUAUAUAUUUUAUUUUUUUUUUCCUCUCUCUCUCACUUUGCUGUAGAUUGCUACUUUUUUGCAUUCCUGCAGGAUAUGUUGCUAGGUCGACUUCAUCUAGUAAACUGAAAAUUAUUGCUUAAAAUCAAACCGCAGUCUGUCUUUUUAUAUUAAGGACUUUUUUUUUUUCUUCUUUUUGUUUUUUUUUUUUUAAAGAAAAGUUCUGUUAAUCUGUAACUAAACAGCGACUCAGUCUGGCUCCACGGCUCAGGCUAACGAGGGGAAUUCUUGCCUGCAGUGGCAGAGAGUGGGAAUUCCGCUGUUAACGUGUGUUUCAAAGUGCACAUCGGGCGCCGGGAAAUGUAAGAACUGCUUUUGGAAUGUCAGCUGGGGAAGCUCUGCCCCAUACAUCAUGCAUGAGGAGGGAUGCAAAGCAGCUCCCCACACCACAUAGCAAGCGAGACAGGAACGAUGUCCGUAGUUCCAGGCUGUAGCUGAACCUCCACCACGAGGUAGUGGCUCACAGGCAGGAUAAAGUGGGAAUCCUGUACGAAACCCGGUGAUUUCCAAACCCAUCUGGAGUUCCAAGUGCAUCGAUUUGUGUCCGUGUGAGUUCUGUGGAGUAAGUUCUGAGUGGCGUCAAAUCGUGUCCGACCAGUGACUGAGUUUGUGGCCUAUGACCCCCCCUGACUGGAGUAACCAGGAAUUCUGUGUUCUCAAUAUGGCUGUAGUGUUGGUAAAGAACUACUAAGCAGAAAAAUAAAGCAAUUACACAGCGGA